AUGAAUAAUCAAUCUUCUGUUUCUGAAUUUCUGCUCCUUGAAUUCUCAGCAACCUGGGAACUGCAGAUUCUACACUUCAUUCUUUUUCUCAUCUUAUAUCUUACAACUGCAGCAGGGAAUAUUCUCAUAAUUGCUGCUAUAGUUUUGGACCAUCAUCUUCAUAGCCCCUUGUACUUCUUUCUGCUGAACCUUGCCAUUCAGGACCUAGGCUCUGUUUCAGUUAUUCUCCCCAAAUAUAUUAUCAGUUCCAUCAAGAAUGACAGACGUAUUUCUUACUCAGGAUGUGUGGCUCAGGUACUCUUUUUUGUCUUCUUUACAGCAUCUGAUGUUGCCUUACUUACAGUCAUGGCAUAUGAUCGAUACAUUGCUAUUUGCAAUCCAUUGCGAUAUGAAACAAUAAUGAACAGGAAAGCCUGCGCUCAAAUGGCAGUUAGUGCAUGGUUUGCUACUUUUCUUAAUGCUGUAUUACACACUUGUGGAACAUUUGCAACCACUUUUUGCUCUAAUGUUGUCAGUCAAUUUUUCUGUGAAAUACCACAGUUACUUAGACUUGCCUGCACUGACUCUUAUCAAAUUGAAAUGGGAGCUGUUUUGUUUAGUAUAAUAGUUUGGUUUGGCUGUUUUAUCUUUAUUAUUGUAACUUAUGUACAAAUCUUCAUAGCUGUUUCAAAAAUUCCUUCGGCUCUGGGGAGGAAAAAGGCCCUUACUACUUGUAUACCCCAUCUCACUGUUGUCUCCAUGUUUUCAUUGACUGUAUGCCUUGCUUACCUAAGACCCAGUUCCAGCACUUCUUCUUCACUGGAACUCCUGGUUACUGUAAUGUAUUCUGUACUCCCACCCAUGCUGAAUCCUUUGAUCUACAGCCUGAGAAACAAGGAGAUCAAGCUUGCCCUUUCAAGACUUUUGGCAAUGAGACCAUCUUCCAAAAACACUUUAUUUUUAGAACAAUUUAGAACACAAUGUUCUAAAGAGGAGAGUGGUUAA